AUGUCCUUAUCGAGUCCGCCGGCCCGAGAAUCGCGGCACGUCCUCGUUUCCGGGCUGCCCGAGUCGAUGACCGACGAGCUAGUGCACGCACAUUUUUCAAAACACGGCCGUGUGCAAAAAGUGGAAAAGGUGGGCAGCGGCUACAUCGUCUCGUUUAUGGACGUGCGCUGCGCGCAGAAGGCGUCGGCCGGGGAUCGUAGGAUGGAGAGUCAUUCAUUUACUGUCUCCUACCACGAUCCCACCGCCAAAAGUCUACCGAUGGCGACGCCGUGCCUUGCAAGUCCACGCGGCUCCGGCUCGGGCACCGAGGGCCCGUCGAAGAAGUCGGACAGCCCGCAUCGCUCAAAAGAACAGAGAAUCCAAGCAGCAACGUCUCGCUACCCGGCCUCUUCUCCCUCUACAUCUUCCGGCAAGCGAUCGGAGCACGAGCGCCGUCGGGAAUCCCGGAAAGCCGAGAGCUCGGAGCCGUCGUCUACUGCCUCAACUUCUGGUCUGCAGGGCAUCUGGCUGGAGCGCCUUCCGAAUCGAGGGGAGAACACGCUGAAAACGGCCAUUCAGGAAUCGGUGAAAAAAUUCGGCCGGCCUUUUCAUAUCCAAAUUGACGUCGCGGCCGACGGAGCAAAAAGCGCGAUACUUCUUUUUAAUCGCCCCAACGAUCUGAUCCACUCCAAAACACUGCCAGUGCUCAACCAAGAAGCGCGAGUUCGACUUCCCAGCCCCACCCAGCUCACCGAUGCCCACGCUGCAUAUUUGGCGGCUAACACUGUCGUCGCCGCCGGCUCGGGGGAAGCGGGGCGGAGCUCGCCGUCGAUUUCCGAACUCCCCGCCAAAUAUUCAAGCCACAACGGCACGAUCCGCGAGCAGGACAGGCCAUGUUCGGCGGGCACCGGCCAGGAAGUGGACGUUUUCAACAGCAAGGCAAGCAGAACCCUCUAUGUUGGCGGGCUAGAAUCGAAAAUCUCUGACGAGACGCUCCGGAGACGCUUUUCCAAAUUUGGAACAAUCCUCGACGUCGACGUGAAAAAUUACGAAUCCCCCUCCCCGUUCGCCUUCAUCCAAUUCGCCGACAUCUUCUCCACCGUUCGCGCCAUCAACUACCACGCCAAGGAGCCGGUGGCCAGCAAAAAGGGAAAGAAAUUCUUGCCCAACUUUGGCCGUUCGAUGCAGACGAGCAAGCUGUGGGUGGGCGGGAUCCCGAGCCACUGCUCCGAGGAGUACGUCCAGAACAAGUUGACGGCACUUGGGGAUGGAGGGAAUGUGCUGUACGAUUCGAAGACACGCGAGGCCCUCGUCACCUUCCCAACGCAAGAACAAGCCCAGGCGGCGUUGACGAGAUUGCGCAGCAACGGAGCCAACGGCACAAAACCAUUCGCCUUCAAGGACCAGACUGGCGGCGAGGUGCGCGUGCCCGCGGAUUUUUGCUCGGAUCGGCUGCACGACUUCUUCGUCGAUAGGAAACACCAUCCGCCAUCGGGCCCGUCCGGCUCGCCUCCACAGCAGCCCCCGGCCGAGCGCAUCCUCACCCCACCGCCCAACCCGCCGCCGAACCUCAUCGCCGCCGCCGUGCCGGUGCCCGGAGCAGAGAUGCCAAGGUUUCCCCAGCCCCAGCCCAUCCCCACCACCAGCCAUGUUCCCUUGGAAAGAAGGCCGGAGGAUCGACGACCUGCGAAUUUGAUGAAUUUGGGCGCACAACCAAAACGCGCGUCUCUGGAGAUUCCACCGUCCACCAGCCACUCGUUGCCCUCGCCAGGAGGUGUGGUCUCGGCUCCACCGACCCAGAAAAUGCACCCGAAGGUCCCAGAGCGAUCCUCUUCUGGCAAAGAAAUUCCGCUGGAGUCGAUUCGGAUCGGCCGCCGAGAUUCCGGACUCUCCGAAGAUCCGCGAUUCGACGAAUGGGAGGAAAAUCGCAAAUUCCUGCGGAAGCGCGCUGUGCACUUGGGCUUGCCGAUGGGCUACCCGAAAAGCCGAGGGCCCAUUCUACUCCAAUCUGUCCUCGCCAAGCAUAGCCACCAACAAAAGAGACUAUCCGAGUGCCCCACCAAAAUGCAGCACCCUUCGAUGCCUUCGACGACAACACCCCAGCCUCAAAAACGGCCAAUGAGCCAUUCGCAGUCGACUUCUCGCCAUGGCAGCAUUUCUUCGGAACAUGAACCGUUGUCGAGACGCUCUUCCGGUGUCGUCAGCCCUGGGCCUUUGAUUUCGCCAAAAAUGCGCCCGUCGAUCAGCCAACUUACGUUGCCAAUGCAAACAAUCACCCCGAAGAGCUCUGACGAUGAUGAGGAGAUGGAAAAGAGCAGCCCGCCACCUUCCGCCCUCGAUGCCUUGCUCAAUGACGUCGAGGAAGGAACGAGCACCUCCGAAGUUGAUCUCCGCAAGAAAAUCAAGGCCCUCGGCAGCCGGCUCGACUCUGUCGACUCGACCAUCAAGCUCACCAAGGUGGCGACCGACCAGUACGAGGCUGCCCCGAAACCUGCCGCCCCGGAAAAACAGUCGAGCCUCGACGAAUUUGACCGGCUGAAGGAACUCAACCGGGAAAGACCAAGGCUCGACCCGACCCGGCUAAAGACGCUGACUCGUCAGUCUCGUCUCUCCAACAACUCCUCCGCCUGCUCGACACCCAUCAACGAUCCGCUGUCCCACAUCCUCCCCAGUUUGCCCUCCACGCCUACCAUCAAUCGCAGCACCCCGGGAUUGUCAGUCCAGAUUCCGACGACGUCUUCUGGCCAGACCUCGGCGCAGCCAAGUCCGAUCCUGCGCAAACCGUCGGUGGUCCCAGCCCCGGUCCGCUCGACUCCGUCCGGGUCCUAUGUCCAAGUACCGAAAACUCCGACGACCAUGGACCGGCCUGGGAUUGGCGGCAUCCCUUCGCUGCUCUCCUACAACUUCCCGCCUCCGCCGCUGCCCAGCAGUCUUGCGACGUCUCCACCAGGGGUUGAACCCUUGCUCUCCGCUCCACCACCACCUCCGCCGUUGCUGGGUGUGAACACCACCGGACGUCGCGACUCCAAUGGGAGCCUCCACGCAAUGUCACACCAUCAACGGCAUGUCAGCCCUCCGCGCUCAUCAUCAAGCAGUACGGCAGCGGCCCCGUCUAUGCCCGCCUCGAUCACCACUCCAAAGACGCACCGGCACGAGUUGCCCGGAAUCCCGAAACGUCCUCCUCUCCUCCCCGGCCAGCCUCAACAACGGCCCGAUGGGAAACAGGCGGCUCGUUCCGACUCGUUCGCUGGAGUGACCCGCACCAACAGUGUCCCUCAGAACCCAUCACCUUACGUACAUCGCUCGAUGUCGAUGAGCGAGAAGACGCAGGCCCCUCCAGUCACUCGUGUCUUCACAAACGAGCUGAUGGAGAAGUACCUGAGCAACUCCCAAAAUCGCCCUGCCCUCUCCGAGGAGAUGAAGAAAAUCCCGCGCAUCGAGAAAAAGCCCUCGGCCGUUCUUGAAGCGCAACGGGAAAAGGAGCGCGAAAAGGAGCGCGAACUCCUGAAGCAAAAGGAACGCGAACGCGAGCAUAAACACAAACAUCGCGAACAUGCUGAGCGUGAACACCGAAAGGAGCACAAGCCUCGCCGCAAGGACGAUGGGACCUACGAGACCAAGGAGGAACGGGCAAAGCGAAAGGAAAUGGAGCGCUCUGGAAAGGACAAGGACAGAUCCGAGCGGAAAAAGGACAAGAAGGACAAGCUGAAGCGAUUGGCUGAGCUUGAGAAGUUGGAGAAACGGGCCAAGAAGGAGCGGAAGGAGAAAAAGAGGGAGAAGAAGCGGAAGCGGCAAAGUGACAGCGAGGAGGAGAGCGACGACGAGGAGAAUGAUGACCUCAAGUCGAUGAGGCUCGCACAACGCCUGCAGAAAGAGGAGACGGUCGGUGGCUCGAUGUACGACAGGGUCAAGAGGAGGAGCAGCGGCUUGAAUAAGGAUGACGAGGAAAAGAAGAAGUCGCUCGAGAUCAUUCGCGAGAAAAACCAAAAGAAGAAGCGCCGUGUGAUGCUCAGCGACUCCGAGGAGGAAGAAGAGGAGGAGGAUGGCGAGGUGGCCGAGAAAGAGGAUGGCGAAGAGGCCGACAGCUCUGACGAAGAGGAGCCCGAGCCCCGGCACAAGCCGCCCAAGCACGCAAAGCCUACGACGUCAAAGGAAGCUCAAGAUUCGUCCGAUUCUGCUGAAAGUGAUGACGAACCCACACCGAAGAAGGAAACCAAGAACUUCAACACCGAUGACGUCUUCGGGGAGAGCGACGACGACGAGAGCAGCACUGCAACAGCCCCGAUUCGCACCAAGGAGGAGCUGAAAAAGGAGAAGAAGCGACACCGAGAGCACACCGACUCGGAUGACACUAGACACCACCAACAGCACAAGAAAAAAAUGGAGAAUCUGUUCGGCGAGACGAAGAAGGAAAAGAAGGAGCAUCGCCAUCGGGAGGAGCGCAAGCGCGCUGCCGAGAAGCUCGAGAAGAGCACUAAACGGUCGAAGCCGGAUAGUGACCAUGAGGAGGCGAGCCGGGAGCGGACAACGUCGCUGGCUGGUAGCGAGGGUGGAUCUUCUGUUUCUACCGCUGAUAAGGUUCCACUCGGCCGCGAAAAGUCAUCAUCCUCAGAGGUGUCCACAAUCCAUUCUCCAAAGCUGCACAAACCUGCCGAAUUUGCCCCCGCAAAGCCAGAGGUCAAAGACGAAGAGAUGGAGAUCAACGACGAGCCGGCCGCACCGCUCGUCAGCCCGAGCGCCAAGCUCAAGAACUCCGUCAAGUUCGUCUCUUCGUCGUCCAGCGUGCAGACGUCGAUGGUCCCACCUACCGUGCCGGCAGCGAGUCGAGCUCCCGUGACGGCUCUUCCACUCUCCGAGGACUCCUCCGCAUCAUCGAGUGAGGAGGAGCACGAGAAAGUCGAACCUCCCGCCAAGGAGCCCGAAAAACCACUCACUCCGGCUCCGGAGGCCGACCAUCAGCCAGCCGAUCCAGCGGCGGCUUCCUCGUCUUCUUCGGAUGACGAGGUGGAGGAGAUGCUGGUGAAGGCGUUGGAGGAGGAGAAGGUUGUCGAACCUCAACAAGAGCUUGUCGUUGAACUGGUCCCCGAGGUCCCGAAAUGCCCGAGUCCGAUCCCGGAAGUCAAGCUGGUGGAGGCUAAACCCUCCAUUGUCCUACCCAUAAUCCCACUGCGCGAUGAUGAGGCCGAGUCUGCCGUCUCCGGCAUCCAAGAUGACGUCGAGGAGCAGGAGCCUGACCUCCCGGCCCCGCCCGUACCCUUGAUGCGCCCGCCCGCACCGAUGUCCCUGCCCCCGGUCGUGCCGCUUCACCAGCCCCUACCCCAGCACGCGCACCCGAGGCUCGAGUCCGCCCCGGCAGCUAUGGAAACCAGCAAAGCGUCCUCAACUCUCGCCAUCUUCGACGACGAGGAGGAGCCCGAGCCCGAGUACCCCGACCAGGACUUCAUCCAGGAAGUCUCCCUCCAAGCCGAAGCCGACAAAGCUGCCGACGAGGAGGCUAAACGAGCCGCCGAGGCCAUCCUCGACGAGUCGGACGAGGACACCGAAGAGAAGCCAACCAUCAGCAACGUCACCGUGCAGAUUCCUGUUGCGCAACCCGAGCCGAUCAUGGUCAAGCAGGAAUCGCCGUUGAUCUCGCCGGUCCCCUCGAAUGAUGGGCGUUCCUCAAUCGCGUCGCUCGCCCAAAGAUCAACUCCUGGACAUCCAGAGAUCCCGGCCGAGGUGGCCACCAUCGCCCCCGGACCUCAGCCCGUUCAGUUUGCGCUGCCGCGUCAGCCUGAGGCUCAACUGCCCCAGCAUAUGCAGCAGCCGACGCAGCAACAACAUGUCCCUGCGACAGUUGCUGCUCAACAACAGGCUGCUCAGCUGCUGCAAGUUAUGGCAAUGGCUCAAGCUCGUCAAGCUGCCGAAGCUGCAGCUGCAGCCGCUGCCACCGCUGCCGCCACAGAAGCCACCACCACACAGCAAUACCUGCAAAGGCAGGUCACCUCGUUGCCGUCGACAACUACGAACGCCACUGUUGCCAGCACGUCGGCUGUGUUGCAGCCGUCAAAAGCACCGAUCCCUGCCAUCUCGCCGGUCUCGAUCCUCGCCCAGCAGCCGCAACAACACCAGCAACAGCAGCAGCAGCAACCACGCCAACCCACCCCAUCAACUGCAACUUCGCUGCCCGCCCAGGCAUCCCUGGCCCAAGCUGUCGCUUCCAGCUCCACCGCCGCAGUGCGCACCGCCACCCCGGUUGAGGCCAAGCCGAGCGCUUCCCUCGCCCAGGCCCAAGAAAUGCAAGCCCUCUCUACCGCCAACCAGGCUGCUCAGCAACAUCAACAGCAACAGCAACAACAGCAGCAGCAGCAGCAAGCCAUGGAGCAACAGGCGCGACUCUACGAGAUCCUCCAGCGGAAUAUUUUGGCGGCACAGGAGCAACAACAACAAGCCCUGGCCGCUCAUCAGCAGCAACGGGCUGCCGCCUCGCCAGCGCCGAACGCGAACCAGGCCCAGAUGCAAGCCGUCCAGAACCUGCUGCAACAAUACAGCCAGGCCAUGGCCAUGCAACAAAAUGCCGCCGCCGUCGCCACCACGCAAAAUCAACAGCGCCAACAGCUGUUUCAAGCUCUCACCCAAGCCCAUGCUCAAGCCCAGGCGAUGCAACAGCGAACCGACAGUCCAGCGCACUCCACGCACUCGCCUCGUCCCGAGACGUCCGCCACGCCAGCCCACAUCCAGAUGCAUAUGCAGCUCUUAGAGCAGCAGCGGCAGCGGAUCAAGCAGCGACAGGAAGCCUACACGACGGAGGAGAGGCGUUUGCGCGAGGUUCAGACACGUCGAGAAAAUAUUGCCCAAAUCAACGCCGUCCUAGUCCAGCACAUCACCCAGUACCAGGCCAACCUCGCCGCCGCCACCCAAAUCGGCAACGUCGCGAUGAUGAUCGAGUCGCAGGCAAAUAUCCAAAAGCUGCACGCCCAGUACUUGAUAAUGCAAACUGAAGAGCAGCGACUGAAGGGCGGAUAUGAGCAAGGCAUGGUGGUGCUCCAAGAAGCGCAGCUCGAACUCCAGCGCGAGCAGCAACGCCUGCAGCAGAUCCAAGCACUGCCCCAUCACCACCAACAGCAACAACAACAGCAGCAGCACCUCCCCUCGCCGACCCCCUCGAACAUGUCGGCCCGGUCGACGCCCGCGCCGAACAGCGCGGCGCUAGCGGCAGCAAUCCAGCAGGUGCCAUUGAUGGCCACCCCGCAGAUGCAGCAACAUCUUGCCGAGGCGAAGAGUGCCUUCCAGCAAAUGAACCAGCACAUCCCUCGGUUAACGGGCGUCCCGGCGCAUCAGAUUCCGACCACUUCGCAAGAUCAAUCGUCGCAACAACAGCUCCCGUUCGACCAGCGUGCCCCGCUGCAGGAGGCGAGCAAUCGUGGCGCUCCGGCCAAGCUCCGAUUU